AUGGUGGACAAGUCAUGGGUUCAUCUUUGCAGAGCUGGUCCUGCUUAUGAGAAAGGGGCUUCAGAGUUUGUUAGAGAUGUGGCUGUGGCUCUCGGAGACGCAAAUAUGAUUGUUUGUCCUUGCAUUGACUGUCGUAACAUAGAUUGUCAUGUGUGCAAUGUUGUCGUUGACCAUCUUGUCACAAGGGGAAUGGAGGAGGCGUACAAGAGUAGGUCUGAUUGGUAUCAUCAUGGGGAAUUGAAUUCAGGUCUACAAGGUGAAACAAAAUCAAGUCAGCGGAAUGAAGAGAUUUUUGGGUUAUAUAAAGCUGCUGAAUUAGGAGAUGUAGAGUUUGCUAUUAAUGAUUAUUUUGGUGAGAUUGCCGAGGGAGAAGACAAGAAAGAAGAUGAGUUCCUUGCCAAGAUCGCCGAUGCUGAAACACCAUUGUACCCAUCUUGUGUCAAUCAUAGCAAGCUUUCUGCGAUUGUAUCCUUGUUCAGACUGAAGACACAUAACGGAUGGUCUGACAAGAUUUUUAGUAAUCUUCUUGAGACUUUGCCAGGGAUGUUACCAGCGGAUAAUGUCUUAAACACAUCACUGUAUGAGGUGAAGAAAUUUCUGAAAUCAUUUGAUUUGGGUUACGAGAAUAUUCAUGCCUGUGUCAACGACUGCUGUUUGUUCAGAAAGAAGUACAAGAAACUUGAGAGUUGUCCUAAAUGUAAGAUUUCACGAUGGAAGACAAACAUUCACACUGGUGAAGUGAAGCAAGGUGUGCCACAGAAAGUGUUACGCUACUUCCCAAUAAUCCCAAGACUGAAGAGAAUGUUUAGAUCGGAGGAUAUGGCUAAAGAUUUACGAUGGCAUUUUACUAACAAGAGCACCGAUGGCAAACUCAGACAUCCCGUGGAUUCAGUUACUUGGGAUCAGAUGAACGACAUAUACCCUUCAUUUGCAGCAGAAGAAAGGAACGUGAGGCUUGGACUCUCCACAGCCUAUCGAAGCCACAAUUGCAGAAUUUAUACCCUUAACAUUCCUAUUUGUUUUAAUAUGUAA